AUGAAUUUCAAUUCCUGCCAUCAUUCUUUCUGCAAUUAUAGAGAGAAAAUAGUCAAGCAUAGCCGAAAUCAAAUUAAAGCAAGAAGAAACAAUAGAGCUUCUGGUGAAGAGAUUGUCACUAAGCUUGACCAAAUCACCUUAUUCCUGAUAAAUCUCUGUUGUUUCUCCGACUUGAUGACAAGAUUUCAUUGCGGAAUCGAUGCUAUUCAGAGAUCCGAUCUCACAUAG